AUGGAUUCCGACGAGAACAAAAGGAGGAAGAUGGAGUCGAACCGUGAAUCUGCAAGGCGAUCACGUGCGAAGAAACAGAAGGAGCUGGAUGAUUUAUCCAACGAUGUGAGGGCAUUGGAGAUUGAGAUCGGCGAGUCCAACGAAAAGAUCAGGGUCUACACCGAACUAUUGGCCAACAUGUUAUCUGCAAACGAAGCGUUAAGGGCUCUAGCAUUGGAAUAUUCUAACCGAAUGUACUCCCUGAACAAGGCAGCUGGUAUGCCGUUGAGAUCACAGAUCUUGAUGCAGCCGUGGCUGCCCUCCUUUUCGACGGUGCCAAUUAUUCCGGCGGCUGAUCUGAUUGAUGGACUUCUCUUACUUGUUGGGGUCGCUUUAAUUGGUUUUUUAAUUGCUUAUAGUAACUUUUAG